AUGCCCAACGGCACCCUCCACCACCUCCUCCACCUCUCCCCAUCCCCUCCCCCCUGGCCGAGGCGCCUCGCCAUCGCCCUCCAGCUCGCCGCCGCCCUCCGCCACCUCCACGGCUCACACCCUAGCAUCGUCCACCGCGACGUCAAAUCCGCCAACAUACUACUCGACGCCACGUGGAACGCCAGGCUGGCCGACUUCGGGCUCGCAGCGAGAUUGUGCGACGACGAUGACAUGGACACCAAGCUCCCCGCGGGGACCAUCGGGUACAUAGACCCUAGCUACACCGCUCCCGGAAUGCUCACCGCCAAAAUCGACGUCUUCAGCUACGGCGUCGUUUUGCUGGAGCUCGUCUCAGCGAGGAGGGUCAUUGACCUGACUCAAUCCCCGGCCUCCAUUGUGGAUUGGGCGCUCCCCCUGAUCCACCAGGCCGGGGAUUGGAGAUUUGUGAUAAGAGGAUUCGGUUAUCGAUGUACACGAGACGUGCGGUUACGAACCUCUUAG